AUGGAGAAUUUAAAAAGAGAAGAAAAAGAAAUGAAUGAAAAUUUAUAUCAGUUUCAACAACAGCCGCAAUUAGCAAUUAAAGAGGGAUUAGAGAUUGGAGAAUUGCUUUUUUGGAAGGUUUUUAGAAACAAGUUUUUGUUCAAUAAGAUAUUUUCA